GCGUUGGCCACGUCAUCGCCGGGCUCCGUUUGCCAGCCGGGCAGUGAAUGGUGGGAACAAAGAUGGCCGCCGUGGCCGCCGCCCCGCGAGAGAGGCAGACAGUGGCUUUGAAGCGUAUGUUGAAUUUCAACGUACCUCAUGUUAAAAACAGCACUGGCGAACCAGUAUGGAAGGUGCUCAUUUAUGAUAGAUUUGGCCAAGAUAUAAUCUCUCCUCUGCUAUCUGUGAAGGAGCUGAGAGACAUGGGAAUCACUCUCCAUCUGCUGUUGCACUCCGAUCGAGAUCCUAUUCCAGAUGUUCCUGCAGUGUACUUUGUGAUGCCAACUGAAGAAAAUAUUGACAGAAUGUGCCAGGAUCUUCGAAAUCAACUCUAUGAAUCAUACUAUUUAAAUUUUAUUUCUGCUAUUUCAAGAAGUAAACUGGAAGACAUUGCAAAUGCAGCAUUAGCAGCCAGUGCAGUGACACAGGUAGCCAAGGUUUUUGAUCAGUAUCUGAAUUUUAUUACUUUGGAAGAUGACAUGUUUGUAUUAUGUAAUCAAAAUAAGGAGCUUGUUUCAUACCGUGCAAUUAACAGACCAGAUAUCACAGACACGGAAAUGGAAACCGUUAUGGACACUAUUGUUGAUAGCCUCUUCUGCUUUUUUGUUACACUGGGUGCUGUUCCUAUAAUCAGAUGCUCAAGAGGAACAGCAGCAGAAAUGGUAGCAGUGAAACUAGAUAAGAAACUUCGGGAAAAUCUGAGAGAUGCAAGAAACAGUCUUUUUACAGGUGAUACACUUGGAGCUGGCCAAUUCAGCUUCCAAAGGCCUUUGUUAGUCCUUGUUGACAGAAACAUAGAUUUGGCAACUCCUCUUCAUCAUACUUGGACAUAUCAAGCACUGGUGCAUGAUGUACUGGAUUUCCACUUAAACAGGGUUAAUCUGGAAGAGUCUUCAGUAGUGGAAAAUUCUCCAGCUGGUGCUAGACCAAAGAGAAAAAAUAAGAAGUCUUACGAUUUAACUCCAGUUGAUAAAUUUUGGCAGAAACAUAAAGGAAGUCCAUUCCCAGAAGUUGCAGAAUCAGUCCAGCAAGAACUAGAAUCUUACAGAGCACAGGAAGAUGAGGUCAAACGACUUAAAAGCAUUAUGGGACUAGAAGGAGAAGAUGAAGGAGCCAUCAGUAUGCUUUCUGACAAUACUGCUAAGCUAACUUCAGCUGUUAGCUCUCUACCAGAACUUCUUGAAAAAAAAAGACUUAUUGAUCUCCAUACAAAUGUUGCUACUGCUGUUUUAGAACACAUAAAGGCAAGAAAACUGGAUGUAUAUUUUGAAUAUGAAGAAAAAAUAAUGAGCAAAACUACUCUGGAUAAAUCUAUUCUGGAUAUAAUAUCAGACCCUGAUGCAGGAACUCCGGAGGAUAAAAUGAGGCUGUUUCUUAUCUAUUACAUAAGCACACAGCAAGCACCUUCUGAGGCUGACUUGGAGCAGUAUAAAAAAGCUUUAACUGAUGCUGGAUGCAACCUUACUCCCUUACAAUAUAUCAAACAAUGGAAGGCUUUUGCCAAGAUGGCCUCAGCUCCUGCCAGCUAUGGCAACACUACCACUAAGCCAAUGGGUCUCUUAUCACGAGUCAUGAACACAGGAUCACAGUUUGUGAUGGAAGGAGUGAAGAACCUGGUUUUAAAACAGCAAAAUCUACCAGUAACUCGUAUUUUAGACAAUCUCAUGGAGAUGAAGUCGAACCCUGAAACUGAUGACUAUAGAUACUUUGAUCCCAAAAUGCUGCGGGGCAAUGACAGCUCAGUUCCCAGGAACAAAAACCCAUUCCAAGAGGCAAUUGUUUUUGUGGUGGGAGGAGGCAACUACAUUGAAUAUCAAAAUCUUGUUGACUACAUAAAGGCAAAACAAGGCAAACACAUUCUGUAUGGCUGCAGUGAGCUUUUUAAUGCUACACAGUUCAUGAAACAGCUGUCACAACUUGGGCAAAAAUAACAGAUGAACCUUCGUAAAAAGUCAAUAUCCUAACAGUGAAACUCUACUUGGUAAUUUGUUAAAGAAAUUGAAUACUUAAUAUGUACUGAUUAAAAGAAUAAAGUAUUUCAAACAUAA